CCGAGCUCAUGUUCCGCGGCUCACAUGUCGCACUUCUUUUGCUCAGCGAUGAUGCCCUCCGCAACUGAUGCGCCAGUCGAAGAAAUGGACGUGCCACGUGAAUCGCUGAAAGCAGCGGAGGCGCCGUUGGAGAUGUUGUUAGACGAAGCUACUAGUGGAUGUCCUGAGGAAAUGGACGCCGUGAGUCAGCAUGCUCUUGCAGCGAAGAAUGCAGAAACUGAUCGUUCUUUGGAAAGUGCCGAAGAUGACUCAUUUUCCUCGAGUGUUGUGCACGAAAAUGAGGCGUCAGUGCUGACGACUGACUGUUGCGAUUUUGUCCAGGAC